AUGCCGGCUGCCACUGCUGAACCGUCCAACAUCCGCGCAUUUGUGCACUGGAAUAGACCAACGAUAUAUGCUGGAGAAGAGAUUGAAUGUAUCAUCACCUUCAAGAAUAUUGCCCGGUCAUUGAACCACGCUGGACGUGCAAGAGACAGGGUGAAGGCAACGGAGAAUGGCAGCUUAAGAGAUAGUCGAAGGGCAUCCUACGCACAAUCGAUCGCAGUACCGAGCAGAAAGGGGUCCGUAUCGACGAACAUCUCUUCUGUUGUGCGUACCCCAUCGCAAACGCAAUUGGGUAAAGGGCACCGGCCGACUCUAUCGCUAAAUGUCGUGAGCGCAUCAUCACGGUCAUUGCCACAGGCCGCGAAUGCGAUAUCCUCACCAGCGGUGGGCACCAAAGCAGCGAAGAGCCAUGGUAGAACGCUAUCAAUCAUAUCCAUAGGUGGUGAGAGCCCUGCCGAGAUCCGUUCACCACCGAGCGCAGGCUAUGGAAGAAGGUCUGGGGGACAUGUGCGCAGCGCCAGUCUUCAGCAUGUGCCGAGGGCGGGCCUUCCGCCAAGUAGUCCCGCCAUAGCCUUCUCGUCUCCACGACAGCCUUCACCGUUGUAUGAGACCAUCAGUCCCACCUCUACACCCGAACCCUCGGCUCACCAAUUGCCGAUUCGGCCGGCUCGACGGAAAGCUGGCAUUGUAUCUGCAGGCAACACGCCGCAAAUUGCACGCAGACCGAGUCUAAAGCAGAAGGGAAGCGCAGAAUCAUCUGGCAGCGCGUUCAAGUUCCCAGCCGAGCCCUCGAACGCCGACUCGCUCAAUCCUUCCGAGAUCGAGAUGCCUAAACCGGCUCGAACGCCAAACAAUAUGCACUCCAGCCAGACGCGGCAUUUUCAACCUCGACCAACUUCGGAAAGCUGGAGUCACCCGGCCAAUAAUCUCAACCCACUGACCCGUGUCAUGUCCGAGUCAUCAACUGAUGGCACUCCACGUUCCAGUAGUGAGAUAUAUACCAUGAGCAACGCAAGCGACGAGACUCUUACGUCGGAGGUUCCUUCUCAUCUACAUGUUGGAGGUCGACGUGGGCCGAAGGGGUCUUCUUGGGGAGGUGGACAGCAUUCCAGACAGGCAUCUCGCUCUCCGCAGACCCGGCCAGCAGACCAGGAGACACUCAUGAUGGCGUAUGCUCAGACACGCGGCCACUUCACACUCGACGGCAGCCUGGUGAAUGCCGAUCCAUUCGAAGAAGUCAAACGAAAAGGUGUCCAAGGCGGCGGCGGUGUGAUCGGUGUAGAGCGCUCGAAGCGAUCUUCCGGGAUAUUUGGCUCAUUCGGCUGGGGAAAUCUGGGCGAGUCAUUAGGAGGGCUACUGGGCAACGAUGAGAUGAGUUCCAUGGCACAAAUGAAAGCGACGGCCGGGACCAAAGAGAUUCCGUUACUUUCGACACCACAGAGCCUCCUUUUCGUUGAUCUUAAACUUGCUCCCGGUGAGAGUCGAAGUUACAGCUACCGCUUCACUUUACCACAUGGCCUGCCUCCAACAUAUCGUGGUCGAAGCAUCAAAGUUUCCUAUCAUCUGUCCCUUGGCGUUCAGAGACCAGAAGGCCAGGCGACGCGGCACGUUGAAAUACCAUUUAGGGUCCUUGGGAGCUAUGACUCAAGAGGCGAGGCAUUAUCUCACGAUCUAAUGCAGCCAUAUGUCUUGCUACAGGACGCAGCACGCACAAUGACGAUAAGCCCCGAUGUGAAUUCCAGCUCGAGUUCAUGGCCUCCAUUUCCCAGCCGUCUAGAACCGAAGCGGCCGGUGAAGCCUCCGGCACAGGGAUUCGAAGACUUUCUACGCUACACUGAAAGGCUACUCGAGAUGUCCCAUGAUCCAAGCAAUUCUUCUAGUGCUUUGCUCUCGCCAACAUCGCCUUCCGCUCAGAAUCUUCCCGUCUCCCGUCAAGGCAGUAUCGCAGACCUUGCACCUGCCACAGCACGGGAAGCAAUAGAUUUCGCCAUCAUGCGAUCCAACAUUAUCAACGGCCAGCCCAAAUCUGUUGCUACGAACAAUACUUCUGCCGGCAACAGGCCACUCCCAUCAAGCGCCAAUCGUUUCAACAUCGCGCGAGCCGGUCAGCCCAUCUCAGUCCUCACUCUUUUGCGUCCAGCAUUCCGCCUUGGCGAGGCCGUUACCGGCAUUCUCGAUUUCACCACUCCGAUUGGCACAUCUGCCCUUGCAAUCCCGGCCUCAACAUACAGUAUCCUGAUCGAACUCGAGUCUUUCGAAGAGAUCGAUCCGUCCUUAGCCAUUCGGAGUGGGACUUCGAUCACCCGCUUGUCGCGAAAAGUACACGCAGCCAUGCGAGAGAAUGUUCUCUAUGCUCGGCGUGUAGCCUUUCACCUAGCCGUUCCGGCUGCGGCAUCGCCAUCAUUUCUCACAACAGGAGUGAGUCUGAGCUGGCGUUUGCGAGUGGAAUUCACUACGCAACGAGCGCCUGCUACUGGAGCCACGCAUCAUCAGCAGCUACCAACGACUCUUCUGGAAAUCUUGGGAAGCGACGAGCGUGGUACAACAUUCCUAGCUAAGGAGCAUCUCGUUGCCGAUUCCUUUGAGAUUGCUGUGCCAUUGCGGGUUUACGGUGCCAUCGGUAUCGAUGCUGGAGCAACGGAAACGGAGGCACUGGAAGUCUGA